GCAGCCGCGAAGAAGCUCGCGCGUUCGCACAGUGCCAUCGAGUUCUUUAACGAGUUCGUGCGCAACACCGUCCAGUUUAAAUUAUAAGUGUCUUGCGUUGACAUCGUGUGCGCGUGCACAGUGCGAGAUUAUUCUGAUCUGCAUGGUUCGAAAAACAAAUUUUUGUUAAAUAUCCAGAACGAGGAUUUGUGGAAUAACUUAACAAAGUGUUGAAAUUACUUUAUUUAAACACUGCGAGCCGAAACAACGAUGACGGAGCCGGUCAGGUGGAAGCUGCCAUUGGCAGCUCUGCUGCUACUGCACAUGACGAUAGCGGAAACGCAGUCAGUGAAAAUGGAAUCGAUGGCAGGAGCCGAUGACGGAUGGAGGCCAAUCGUGGGAUCGCAAAGAGAUGGUCCGUACGAUGAAAUCACGCACUACAGAAAUCCAGCUAGCAAAAAGGCGGAUCCGAUAAAAGCGGAAAAACAGACAUCGCACGCCCCUAAAAUGGAAACCGCAAAGAAACUCGUGCCCACCAGCAAUAUGCAAAACGUCGCAAGUAAUCUCAGUCCAGUUCCAAAGAUGCCACCCCAUAGUAAGCCAGUAUAUCUGUUGCCCUCGAUUGGAAUGCACACGCCACAAUUAGGUCCGAUGAGUAGUGCGAUGCAUCAUCACCGUCCUAUGAAAUACAGUCAUUUGAUGAAAGUCCAUCAUCAUGCUAAACCGCCGCGUGUGAAACCGUUAAGGCAUCCAAUUCCGUCCUACAGCCAACGAGAUGAGGUAUUCGUACCGGCACCUUCGAGCAAUGUGGGUCCCUAUACAUUCUACAGUGCUUCCCAACCACCAAUCAAAUCCAGACCUCCAUCACACAUCGAGUUCGCAAAUCAUUUCCCUAUCCCAAACUCAGAAGAUGAAUUAUAUCAACUUGUGCGUGCACCGGUGCAUCAAUAUGUCAUACCCAAAGCGCCAGUAUCCAAUGAUGUGCAUUAUACAUUCCAAAACCCGGAUGAGUUCAAUAGAAAUGUCCCGCUCUCUCCCUACAAGUUUGAGUCGACAAAGGAAAAGAAGAAAGUGAAGGACGUGCCACGCCAGGAGGCCCUCGUUCAGAAUGUGCAUCCUUUCCAUGUGUCCACUCCGCAACCAAGCAAACAAGUUGAAGUGCAUGUGACCAAAGAAAAGUUGAAAGUGUUCCACAACGCGAUUCCGUCCAACUAUAAUCCGUUAGAUGAUUAUGACUACCGGCCGGUCAAAUCGACCGUAUCACAGAAACGCCCCGCGACUUAUGAAGUCACCGAAGGCAAGUGGAAUCAGGAAACACCUGUAUUCCAGUAUCAUUAUACAACGCCACCGAAGCAGCGCGUGCCGACUAGAGUCUUCACCGAAGAAUCCAAACCUUUCCUACCCACUCCGAUUAAACCGGAAAGUGUACCUCCUACUUUACCAACGGAAAGUGAAAUCUCAACAAUUUACAAUCAAGUGAAAAUCAAUCGUCAAAAUAUACCGCCGAGUCGCUCGGAAUUCAGUACCCCGACGCCAAUUAAUUUCUUCGAUGUGAAAGAAGUUUCUACGCAUUUUCCCAUAUUAGGUCCGCCUGAGUUCCAAACCAUUGCAUACCCGCCGUCAAGAUAUCAAUUCAAUGAUGAAAAAGAAAAUGAAAUUACUACUAAGCAAAUCGUUGAAAGACCAGUCGAACAACAACCACAACAAGAAGUUUAUGAAACUACCACGCAAUUUAUCCCAACAGUUCGUCCACAACGCAAUCGCCGACCUAAUAGGAGAAGACGUCCUUCUUCAACAACUACGACUGAAACAGAAGUGGCUGAAAUUGAUACUGCAACUGAAACUUAUGAGGCUCAGAAAACUGAUGCAAGUGUAGAAGUAACAACGCAAAGACUUAGAAUUCCAUCAAGAUAUAGAGCGAGAUCUACAACCACAACUACUGUACAACCGGAAGUUGAAAUUACUACAAUACGGCAAAGGCAGAGAAGACCGCGUCCAACUACUACAACUGAAGAACCGGAAGUUGAAGUACCAGAUAAUCAUAAAUCAGAAUAUGAAAGUCUAGAGGAAAAAUUUGCGCGUUUGACAACGACAACAGAGAAGGAUUUCCCAGCAAACUUUGAAAGUCAUUUUACUGCCCCGUAUAAAAGCGAAGUCCAAACUGAAGCAUACGAAAAGUCCACAGAAGAAGUUCCGCACAGACCAAACAGAUUAUACACUAAUCCACCAAAUAGAGAUGAGAAACCUGUGGAAGAAGAAGAAGAAGAAGAACCUGCAAGUGUUGAAGUUGUUAGUGAUGAAGUAAAAGAAGAUGAAAAAAUCUUGGAAGAUUAUCGCGUGCAAUAUCACGAAUCACAGAAACAACCAGAAGUGCUCAACCCAGAAAUUACGAUAAAUACGCCAGAGAAUGAACUGGACUUUACCACUAGACAUACGUAUUACACAACGAAACCGCGUGAAGAAAUCACAACUACUACAGAAACAUACACGACAACAACACCAACAACAACAACGUCUACCACCACAACUACUUCGACAACGGAGGCGCCAAAACGGGUAAGAGGCCGCCCCGUAAAGUACGAGCACAGCAAUCGUCCUCGAUUCAGCGUAAAGGAAUACAAACAACGGUUAACCACAUCGACCACGUCCACUGAAGCGCCAAAAGCGCAAAGCGACGUAAUGCGGAUACGCUUUCCGAAUCGCUCGCGCCGACCUAUUACGCCAUCACCAACGACAACACCUGCGCCCGUCGAUGACGACAGCGAGACGCCAAAGAUGAAAUUCCAGCCCAAAGAUCCGCGCCAUCCAAAUCUGGACAACGUCACCGAGAAGCUCAAGUUCAACACGGUCAACACACGUAUUCGACCAUUCGGUAGGUUCAAGUCCACAACGGACGCGACCACCACCACAUUGCGCGUAUCCAUUAAACCGAAUAUUUUCGGUAACUUGCGUCGGCCGACACCCAUUUCACUCAAAACACGUAUUCUUAACCGGCAACGGACAAACAUGACAACGAUCAAGCCCGAUAUGACUACGUUAGAUAACAAUCUAGACGAUUCUAACGAAACCGACCAGACCGAAAUAGUCGAGACGACCAUUCCAUAUAGCGUGGAAGAAAGCGACUCUAGCUCUGAGUUUGGCGCUAAGAAGACAGAAGUCGAAGCGACGACCGCAAUGACAACACAGUCCGAUGUGCAACCGGUCCCGGAAGAGAAGCACGAUGAUUUCACACAAAUUGUCUCCGAUCUGACGUCGUCAGCAAAGAACGAGUAUAACAAGCCCGGGCUGUUUAAGAACGUGCAACCUAACAGUAGAAAAGUACCGAGUUAUUUCACGUUAGCGACGGAUGAUCCCAUCCUGCCUAUUGAGGCGUUCUUCCCGAAUCUCAAAGACAAGCAAUAACAUGCAAGAUAUAAAUUUAUGAAACGAAUUACUUUCGCGCUCGUUAGUCUGUAAAUAUAUAUAUUGUAAUGUACUGAUAAUUAGGUCGUAUUUUAUUUACAGUAUCGGAGGACAAUAUUUAUUUAUUUAUAGUUUAAGCCCGCGGACAAUGAAAAUAGUUACGUGUUUACUUGUAUAAAAUAAUGUAAUUUAUUCCUAAGUAAUAAAUAUAUUUUUAUUUUACCUUUA